CACCUUACGAUCUUCUAGACACAUUCGUAUGGACAAGCACUCAAUCAGGGUCCAGAGCCAAGAACAAUUCUCAGUCAAAAAGUCUCAGAAUAGAACGGGGUACAAAUUAAGCCCUCCACUCCAUUACGCACUCGUUGCCUCCUGGAUUCCUUUGCCGUGUCAAUCAUUUCCCGGGAGACGGUGAGAACCCAUGGCGAUCAAACCCUCUCUCUCUCUCCACGCCGUCAGUUCUCCUGGGGAGGGGGCUGAGGGGAUGUGCAGGAUGAACAGCAAAUUCCUGCAGACUAUCUCUGGCUGAAUUGUCUCUUGUCUUUUACUCACUUCAUUCCUUUGCUUCUUUACUAUUUCCAGACAUAAUUCACUCUUUAUCCAUGGUUUGAGACAUCCAUGCGCUGUCGCUCGUUUACUUGACUCGGGCAGUUAAAACUGCUCAAAUAACUACAUUAUUAAUCAGCUGCUAAGAUGCUCUUCGUGCGGAAGAGUUACCUGGUCACCACCGUCGUCCUUAUCUUCGUCGUCUACACCCUCUUCUCCAGUCUCCCUCCCAGUGACAUCUUUGACCUCGAGGACAACGACAACUGGGAUCAUGCCCAGUCUACCGCAAAUUCCGGCCGAAUUCGCUGGACCAAGUACCCCGAGAAACACCCCGUCACCGACUACAUUCCCUACCCCAAGAAUCCUCCCUCCCCGAUACCGAAGAUCCAGUACGACUUCCCCGAAGAAUCAUGGUGGGCUCGUCGACAGCGAUUGAGCCGUCAGAAGGCAGUCAAGGAAGCUUUCAAGCAUGCUUGGAAGGGGUAUAAACACCAUGCAUGGCUGCGUGAUGAGUUGUCACCUCUUAGCGGUGGUCAUAGAACUUCGUUUGCUGGCUGGGCAGCUACUUUGGUCGACUCGCUCGAUUCGCUGAUUAUCUUGGGCUUGGAUGAUGAGUUUGAGGAUGCGCUGGAUGCUCUUGACCGGAUUGAUUUCUACACAACCGAUUCGACCCAGAUUAAUAUGUUUGAGACCAACAUUCGCUACCUUGGAGGUUUCAUGGGUGCCUAUGACUUGACCGACGGUGCCCACCCCAUACUGCUCAAGAAAGCGGUGGAGGUGGCAGAUAUGCUGUAUGGUGCUUUUGACACGAGAAACCGAAUGCCCCAGACCCGUUGGCAGUGGACCAGAUCCGCGCAAGGUCUUGGAAUCCAGCCCAGCAGGAACACCAUCAUGGCCGAAUUGGGCUCGUUGAACCUUGAAUUCACUCGAUUGACCCAAUUGACUGGCGACCCUAAAUACUUUGACGCCAUUCAGCGAAUCGCGGACCUUAUGGAAGAGGCGCAGAACCAUACCCGGGUCCCAGGCUUAUGGCCGAUCAUGGUGGACGCCGAGGAAAUGACAUUCAAUGACCCCCGGUACACCGUGGGUGGUAUGGCAGACUCCACUUACGAGUACCUUCCUAAAGAGCAUAUUCUGCUUGGGGCUCGCACUGACCAGUACCGCAACAUGUACUCGACGGCUAUGAAGGCUAUUAAAAGACGUCUUCUCUUCCGCGCGAAUACUCAAACUGGCGAAGAAAUUUUGUUUGCAGGCGAUACCCGUGCGGGAUACAGCGAUGGAGUGAUCGAAUACCAGGCGGAACACCUCAAAUGCUACCUGGGUGGUACAGUUGGCAUUGGUGCCAAGGUCUUUGAUCGUCCCGAAGAGCUUUCUAUCGCGCGUGGCCUGGUCGACGGCUGUAUCUGGGCUUACGAUGUUAUGCCUACUGGUAUCAUGCCAGAGACACUCUAUGUCAGUUCGUGUGAAAUAAUUGAAGAGUGCGACUGGGAUGAAAGGAAGUGGUACCGUGAUGUCCGUCAUCGUCUCUUGCGUGGCGGCCGUACCACCGACGAGGACAACACCAAGGAAACCAAGUCUCUUAUCGAAAACCAUGGUCUUCAGCCAGGUGUAACGGAUGUCACUGACGCCCAGUACAAGCUAAGACCCGAAGCUAUUGAAUCCGUCUUCAUUAUGUACCGCAUAACAGGUGACAAAUCCCUGCAAGACGCCGCCUGGCGCAUGUUCUCCAGCAUCGAGAAGCACACCCGCACUAAGCUCGGUCACGCAAUCGUCAACGACGUCCGGAACAAGCAUACCGAUCAGUCGGAUUUCAUGGAGAGUUUCUGGCUUGCGGAGACGUUGAAAUAUUUCUAUCUUACCUUCUCGGAGCCGGAUCUUGUUAGUUUGGAUGAGUAUGUUUUGAAUACUGAGGCGCAUCCGUUUAAGCGGCCGUCGUAGGAUUUUUAUAUGGGUUUGGGUUAUUAUGAGUUGGUUUGGUGUUUAGCGAAUGGCUUGGUUUAGAUGUUCAUAUUUAAUCGCAAAAUGCAAUUGAUACCAUGGAUUACAUCCUGAAGCGUCUAUAGACCUCCGAAAUACACCGCACCCACGUGGGGUCAAUGUCCCUCGGGC